AUGUCCUCCCACGCCUCUCUCAGCGCCGCCGCUGACGAGCGCAAGGCACGCCUCGCCAAGCUCAAAUCGCUGAAGCGCAAAGCGCCCGACGAGCCGUCCGACAUCGAACCUGGCACCGCCGAGACGCAAGCAGACGAUCGCGAAGGCUCCUCCACCCCCGAUGUCUCCAGGCUUUACCUCUCUGGCCGCAACUUCGAUGUCGAAACAAAGGGACCCAAGCUGGGCUUCGAGAGCAAUCCGGCCGAAAACCAGGUGACGCUAGAGGCCAAGGCGGCCGAGCUGGCCGAGCGCACCAAAGCUGAAGCUGCGGCUGACGAGGCUGCGGACAAGCCGCUGGAUCUGUUCAAGCUGCAGCCGAAGAAGCCGAAUUGGGAUCUGAAACGUGAUCUGGACAAGAAGCUGGAGGUGCUGAAUGUGAGGACGGAGAACGCGAUUGCGCGGUUGGUGAGGGAGAGGAUUGAAAAUGCUCAGAAGGAGGCAAAGAAGAAGGCUGGAGCGGGCACCGGCGAACUUGAGCCUAAGGACAAGGAUGGUGAGGCGGUCGGCAUGGACGGCGCGAUGCUGGCGGAGGCCAUGCGUGAAAGGGAGAGGGAAGAUGAGGCCGAGAGAGAGAGGGAAAAGGGAGAUGAAGAGCUGGUAUGA